AUGACGACCAAUCAUCUCAGGGCCGAGGAUGCCGCUUCCAGCAGUAAUAGCAACGGCGACAACAGCACAGCUUCGCAGCAGACCUUGAGAAAUGACAUCAAUUCGGAGACAAGCAAUGAUGUCUCGGAGAAGAAUAAGAAGGACGAAGGCACGCACGUCGCCGGACUGGAGGAAGUAGCCAUAGGCAAUGUCGCUUCACCAUCAGAGAAAUCGGAAGGACCACCUCCACUGCCAUACAACUUGCGAGAACACAAGCUCACCAUAUCGUUAUUCUGGUUCCUGAUCCUCACAGAAUGCACUCUCAUCCCGAUCAUAUUCUACUUCACACUCUCGAACCUGACGAACAUGCGGAGAGGUGCCUUAUUCGCCAUCAUCACGGCGAUGUUCGGCUUCAUAUCUGGCGGAGAAUACGGACUGCGCGGCCUUCGCCUGUGCCUCAAGCGAGACACCUAUCGCCCGCUGAAUGGAGCCUGGCGAUGGGGCUUCGACAAUCCUCCAAUCAUGCGCGGUCUGUCGAUGAUCAUGCCGGUAGGCAUCAUCAUGGGUGGUGCGACCAUGGUCAUGACGGGCGUUGGCCACCAUUUUCAAUGGCGGCUGCCUUUCCGCCUGAGCUCGCAUGUCAAGGGCGACAUCUGCCCGCCACUUACCUUUUGUAUAAUGGAGGACAUCACGGCUUGCGACGGUGGAGGAGGGAAAGUCUACCGCCAGGCUGCCAUGGACCGCUACAAUGCCUCCCCAAGAUUUCGCAGAAUGCUGGUACAGAUGCUGUGGGCGUGGGCGAUCUCCGCAAUUCUUCUGGGCGCGUUACUUCUGCUCAUCAUCUGGCUCCCGCAGGUCGACCAAGAAGUUGGAUAUGCGCUGGGCUGGGCAGUGCCAUCGGUCUGGGGUGCUGUAGGCGCGUGGGCGACGAUCAAAUGGGGCCAGAGGUGUAUCAAGAUCGAGAAAGAAAUGUGGACUGCGGAUCAGACGGCACGGAUCACAAGUGGGUAG